GACUGAAAACGAGAUCCAACGGCUGCCAACUACGGUCCAGUAAUCUCAUACAACAUGGACGUGUUUCCUGUGCAUUUCAAUGUCAACCCUGACCAAAAUUUUAUGAUUGCUUCCCCCUCCAGCCAAAAUACUAUUCUCUCCGCUCACUAGCUUUCUUAUUGGUCUUGCCUGGUAAAACCAUCUUCAACCUGUAAAAACUAGAAAAACAAAAUGUGGAUUUUUGGGUGGAAAGGACCAUCUGGAUUCUCUGCUUCUUCGACGGCUGAGGAUGUUACUUAUGGGAUUGAUGGCACUGGUCUUACUGCCAUCGUUACAGGAGGAUCCAGUGGAAUUGGUUCAGAGACGGCACGUGUUCUUGCAUUGCGUGGUGCCCAUGUAGUUUUGGCAGUGAGGAAUAUGGAUGCUGGCAGAAAAGUUAAAGAAGAAAUACAGAAGGAAAUUCCUGCUGCUAAGGUUGAUGUUAUGGAGUUAGAUCUGAGCUCAAUGGCAUCAGUAAGAAACUUUGCAUCUGAAUUCAAGUCAUCAGGUCUUCCCCUUAAUAUACUCAUUAACAAUGCUGGGGUUAUGGCCACUCCUUUCAUGCUUUCCCAAGACAACAUAGAACUCCAGUUUGCGACCAACCAUUUAGGCCAUUUCCUUUUGACAAACCUUUUACUGGAGACAAUGAAGAACACAGCAUGCGAGAGCAACAGAGAAGGAAGGAUUGUCAAUGUAUCAUCUGAAGGUCACCGAUUUGCAUAUCGUGCAGGAAUUUGUUUUGAUAAAAUCAAUGAUGAGUCAUGGUACAACAGUAUAUUUGCAUAUGGACAAUCGAAGCUCGCCAACAUAUUGCAUGCUAAUGAGCUUGCGAGGCAGCUAAAGGAAGACAGAGUGGAAAUCACUGUUAAUUCACUUCAUCCCGGAGCAAUUAUAACCAAUCUUCUGCGUCACCACAGUUUUCUUAACAGAAUUGGGAGUAUAUUUGGUAAAUAUGUGCUAAAAAAUGCUCAACAGGGAGCAGCAACAACAUGUUAUGUAGCAUUAAAUCCACAGGUAAAGGGUGUGAGUGGUGAAUAUUUUUCGGACAGUAACAUAGCUAAGCCAAGCUCUCAAGCUAAAGAUGCAGAAUUGGCAAAAAGACUCUGGGAUUUCAGCUUGAGCUUAACUGACCCACCCUAAGUAAUUGGUACGGGGAAGGCAUGAAGAGGUGCAGGCUGCUCAUUCCUUGGCCUGUAUAAUAAAAGUACCAAGUAUUUUAGUGAAACUGUAAUUUCAGUAAUUCAUUAUCUGUUGUUCUAAAGCUGGACUAAUUUACCCAGGGAGUGUGGAUAGGUUGUGUUGUUAUCUAUAAUGGAGGAAAGAGAUUUGAAGAUGUUUGUGUUGUUACCUAGGGAGUGUGGAUAGGGCAUGAGUGAUGAAUAUUUCUACUAUCCUAAACCUGAUAUUUUUUAUAACUAGGAGUAGGCAAUAUUCUGCUUCUAUUUCUACGAAA